CACCCAACUUCAUUCCUUCUAGAGGUUGAAGGCUCCCCGACAUGCCCUCAGGAGAAAAGAGGGCAUGCUUCGGGCUUGUGACGGAGGCCAGUAUGUUGGGGAGAAAGACCCUGUGAUCUCAUUGGAUGGCAGGACAAUUUAGUGACACACACUGAGUCCUGGGCGGCAACCAGUGCUGGGGAGAGCUUGGGGGGCAGUUCCCCGCUUUCCUGGCAGAGCCCCAGACUGAAGUAACCUUAAAAAAGCAAUUAAAUCACCUUUAAAAAAAAAAAAAAAAACCCAGUAAAGAAAAAUCAAUACCAGGAGAAAGGGGAAGAGAGAGGCUGGGGACGAUAAGGAGGUGGGGGAGGAGGUGCUGGAAGGGUCUGGUAGUCUAGCAGGGAGGGGUGAGCGUGGGAGGGGGCUGCCCCUGGGCAGCGGGCAGAGAUGGGGACAGUCUGUCAUCGCUUGGGGGCUCCGGGUGCCAACCCCUUUCCCCUCUGGGAUGCUGCCAGAUGCAGCCCCUGAGACCCCAGGGGUCUCAGCUCCCCAGCUUGGGGGGGACGGCUGGUGGGGAGGCCCAGCCAAGGGGCCGCUGGAGACAAACCCCAACAGGGUGCCCCAAAGGGCCAGGGUUGGUGGGCGGCUGUGUGUGGGUGGGCUCCGUGCUGGGGUGACCAGUGAUGGAUGGGGCCUGACCCGGCCUUGCAACCAAGGUGAGCAGAGUGGUUCCCUGCUCCCCAGGGGAGCCAUCCCUGGGCCCCUUUCCCAGGCUAGGCGCAGGGGCUGCGACCGGCAGGGCAGGCCCGCCGCAGGGGAGAGGUGGCCACUGGGCAGCGGGGGGACCUCGGACUCUAAUCCCCAGCAGCUGCUGUUUCCCUCAGAUCGAUUCCCUUCUCACUUUUUUUUUUCAGCUGCCGGUUCCGCGGCUCGGAUCGAUGGAGCUGCCUCCCCCACCCCUCUGAGCUUCCUCUCCCUGCUGCUCAUUAGUGCCCCGAUUAAUCAGCCCCCCACCUUUCCUCUAGGGGAUGAGUACUUCCUGUCCCAUGAGGGCUCUCGCUCUCACACGGGCACCCACCCCCAGAGCACAAGCUACUCACGGUGACCACCCCCACCCUGGGGGCACCCAGGCAUCACCUCCUCUCCGCCGGCCACCAGGGGCCCCAUCCCCGCCUGUGAUAGCAGCCCGCAUGCCUGCUUCCCCUCCGCCAGGCGGCAGCCACCCCAGGGCUCCCCUGCCCCUCUGACAGGCGCCCCCGUAUCUGUUUCCCUAGGACUGCGUUCCUUCCCAUUCAAGCGCAGCACCUCUCUGCUCCCUCCAGCACCCCCAUGUGGGCUCUUCCUGACCUCCGUUCCACACCCUCUCAGCACAUCACACCUCCUCUGCUCCCUGGCCUGUCCACCCAACACGCGCCCCCACCCCCCGGCCUGGCAAGGGAUUUGGGAAACAUUUGGCGAAGCAAAGCGGCCACAGAUGUGCAAGUCAGCCAGGGUGCCCUCUGUCCCAGACACAUGAGACACUGAGUUUCGGGGGUGGAGGUGAAGUCGGGGAGAGGGCGGCCAGCAUCCCAGAGGGGGCGGCCAGCAUCCCAGAGGGGGCAGGGGUAUGGUGGGUGUUAAGUCGGGAACAAAGCUGCAGGGAAGCCACGAAUCUUGGUGGAACCACCAUUGUCCCCUUGUCUGUCUCGCCUGCCCUUCUCUGCUCUGCCCUCCCCUCCCCUCCCUCAUUCAAACAAGUGGCUCUCCCAAGGAGUUUCUGGAAGCCGCCGUGAGUGGGGUAGUGGAGUCAGGUGGUGGCUGGGUGGCUGCAGUCAGGAGUCAGGGAGGCCAGGAGGUCGGGGAUGGAGUCGGCUGGCCCUUCCUGGGGUGCGGUCCAGAAAAGUGGCAGAAUGAGCGAAGGACUCCGGGUGCAGCCCUCCUCCCCGGGUGGCCUGGGAGUGGGGCCAUGCGGGGACCCCACGAAUGGCUAGGGUGUAGCAAGAGUUUGGGGCUAUCCCGACGAGGUCUCAGGCAGCAGGGACGGGCGAUCCCUGUCCCGGGCUGGGGGCUGCCCCCUCCCCUGGCCUGGCUCCUGCCGCCCGUGCCGCCGGUGAAACGCUGUUGACAUGUCCUGAAUUAUUAAGCACGGGGUGGGCUCCGGAGCACAUGCUGAGCGGAGCGGCUGGGGCUGCGCGGCGUGGCGGAGCAGCGCUCGCUCUCGCUCCCUCGCUCGCUCGCUCGCUCGCAGGGACACACGCAGGGGCUGACAGCUGUGCCGGUGCUGAUAAGGGAAGCCACAAGGAGACGAUCGAGGAGAGAGACAAGCGGCGGCAGAGGCGGCAGCGGCAGCGGCAGCGGCAGCGGCAGCGCCAGGGCUGCGGAGUCGCCGGGAGUGGGAGUGACUCCCCCACCUCAGGCCCCCACCCUGUCCCCGUCCUCUUACCGUUUGCCCUGAGUUUAGAAGAGCAGCCGCUGCCCCCGCAGCCACUCCGGAGGGCACCGGGGGCUGCUGGCCAGGGAGGGAGGGGCAGGUAGGCUCCAACCAGUCCCAGCAGCUGGGCACAGAUGCCGAUCGAGAUUGUGUGCAAAAUCAAAUUUGCAGAGGAGGAUGCGAAACCCAAGGAGAAGGAGGCAGGGGAUGAGCAGAGCCUCCUGGGGGCCGCGCGGGGGGCAUCAGCCCCCCGGGACCUGGCCACCUUUGCCAGCACCAGCACUCUGCACGGGCUGGGCCGGGCCUGUGGCCCAGGCCCCCAUGGACUGCGCAGAACCCUGUGGGCACUGGCCCUACUCACCUCGCUGGCUGCCUUCCUGUACCAGGCGGCCGGCCUCGCCCGGGGCUACCUGACCCGGCCUCACCUGGUGGUAAUGGACCCGGCUGCCCCAGCCCCAGUGGCGGGCUUCCCGGCCGUCACCCUCUGCAACAUCAACCGUUUCCGGCAUUCGGCACUCAGCGACGCCGACAUCUUCCACCUGGCCAACCUGACCGGGCUGCCCCCCAAAGACCGGGACGGGCACCGUGCCGCUGGUCUGCGCUACCCGGAGCCCGACAUGGUAGACAUCCUCAACCGCACUGGCCACCAGCUCGCGGAUAUGCUCAAGAGCUGCAACUUCAGCGGGCACCACUGCUCCGCCAGCAACUUCUCCGUGGUCUAUACUCGCUAUGGGAAGUGUUAUACCUUCAACGCGGAUCCACAGAGCUCACUGGCCAGCCGGGUGGGGGGCAUGGGCAGUGGCCUGGAGAUCAUGCUGGACAUCCAGCAGGAGGAGUACCUGCCCAUCUGGAGAGAGACAAACGAGACGUCGUUUGAGGCAGGCAUCCGAGUGCAAAUCCACAGCCAGGAGGAGCCACCCUACAUCCACCAGCUGGGCUUCGGCGUGUCCCCAGGUUUCCAGACCUUUGUGUCCUGCCAGGAACAGCGGCUGACCUAUCUGCCCCAGCCCUGGGGCAACUGCCGAGCGGAGAGUGCGCUCAGGGAGCCUGAGCUUCAAGGCUACUCAGCCUACAGUGUGUCUGCCUGCCGGCUGCGCUGUGAAAAGGAGGCCGUGCUUCAGCGCUGCCACUGCCGGAUGGUGCACAUGCCAGGCAAUGAGACCAUCUGCCCGCCAAAUAUCUACAUCGAGUGUGCUGACCACACACUGGAUUCCUUGGGUGGGGGCUCCGAAGGCCCAUGUUUCUGCCCUACCCCCUGCAACCUGACCCGCUACGGGAAAGAAAUCUCCAUGGUCAAGAUCCCCAACAGGGGCUCAGCCCGGUACCUGGCAAGAAAAUACAAGCGCAAUGAGACCUACAUACGGGAGAACUUCCUGGUCCUAGAUGUCUUUUUUGAAGCCCUGACAUCCGAGGCCAUGGAGCAGCGAGCAGCCUACGGCCUGUCAGCCCUGCUGGGGGACCUCGGGGGACAGAUGGGCUUAUUCAUCGGAGCCAGUGUGCUCACGCUGCUGGAGAUCCUAGACUACAUCUAUGAGGUGUCCUGGGACCGACUGAGGCGGGCGUGGCGUCGUCCCAAGACCCCCCUCCGGACCGCCACUGGGGGCAUCUCCACUUUGGGGCUUCAGGAGCUGAAGGAGCAGAGUACCUGCCCAAGCCAGGGCCGCGCUGAAGGCGCAGGCACCAGCGGCCUGCUCCCAAACCACCACCCCCCGGGAGGCCUCUUUGAAGACUUCGCUUGCUAGGAUGGUUCUGCGUCCAAAAGGACCCAGGAGUCUGGGACUCCAGCCCAGAUCCCCACCGUAGCCUCCCGCUCUUAGGACCGAAGUCUUGGGGGCAGCCCAAAGCUGAGGGGAAGAGGGCGGUGCUCACUGGGAGGGUGGGGACUCGGUCCCUGCUCUCACCCACCCUAGUGCCAGCUGCUUUGCACAAGGGUCCCUCUUGUCCACACCCUCCACCCCCAGGCUAGUGCCCAGGGAGGGCUGGGGACCAGGCCAUGGGCCCCAGUGGAGGGGAGGAGAAAGGGAGGUGGAAAAAGGGGCCCACCCCAGAGGGGGUGGAACCCUCUGUACAUUUGUAUAUAUUUA